UUGGGUAACUUAAUGUUCCAGUAUGCGUCGCUGCGAGCUAUAGCUGAGAAAUACGGCGCUAGAUUAAUUCUCCCGGCAAGUUGUAAAUUGCGUCGAGGCUUCAUGCUGGAUGCGAUCUUCGUAUCCGACUACCUGAAUGACCAGCUGAUCCGACGUUACAGCGCCGAUGAGCGACAUUUCCCGCAAGCACUGAUUCGUAAGGAAUUCACAUUCUUAUCGCAAAUCAUUGAUAAGGCAGAUGGAUUUUUGCAAGAAGCAAAGUUUGAGAAAAUUCAUGCAGAAGCGAUUGUGAGUGGUUCGAAGGAGCGCGACCAAGUGGAUAUCAUCCAGGAUUUUCAGGGAAUCAUUCAUAAUUCCAGUUUUUCGAAUCCACUUUAG